AUGGCAGCAAGAAGAUAUUCAUCUCAACAUGCUAAAGCCAUCGUUAAAUGUGAGAACUGUGAGAAAAAUCCCUCACAAUAUAUAUGCAAAACAUGUCCUGGUCAUCUUUGUAAGGAGUGCAAAAUAGAUCACGAGUCCAGAAAAAUAACAAAAAAUCACGAAAUUACACACGUUAACAAAAAUAUGGAGGGGGCACUGUGUUUACUAUUCUGUAGAAGGCACGCAGUAAAGAAAUUGGAGUUGUAUUGCUCUCUUUGCAAAGAGCCUAUCUGCACUAAAUGCCACAUAGAGUCCCAUAAUGGACAUAAAAUGGAAGAACUAGCAACUGUAUACAAUGAAAUAAGAUGCGAACUUGAAAACAAAAAGGAGUACAUAGAAGGGGAGCUUAUGCCGCGAUAUAGAGAAUUGUUAUCUGAUGAGAACAUCAAAAAAUCAGAAAUAUCAAAAAGAACCGACGAAGUUCGAAAACAAAUAGAAGACCACAAAAAAUCAAUAAUAGAGCAGGUUACGAUGAUAGAAGAGAAUACGCUACAGAUUCUACGAAAUGAGGAAAAAUUGGCCAUAGAAUCAGUUGAGAAAACAGAAAAUGAAAUCAAAAGGAGAAUUGAAACACUGAAGAAUAUCAAAGAGGACAUUUCUAACACUUUGGUUGCAAACCCAGACGUCACAUUUUUCAAAGCAGCAUCAACAGCAUCUUGCAAGAAAUUCAAGUAUUCCCAAUAA